AUGGUUCUCAUCCGCUUCCAAAGUGACCGAGGCGACUUAAACGCUGCUACCCAGCACGAUACCGCAAGUCCGCCUUCGUGCCGUAGACUUGUUUCAAGAUGUUCCGACGUGCAGGUCUUCCCACUUGGACCGGGCACGGUGCCAUUAGAGUCUGGAUCAGUGUCCCACCAGUCCACUGUAGACCCUGAGAGGACACCACCGAGUGGCCAGUGUACGUGGUCAAGGAGGGGCGGCCGGCCAGACUUACCUUAA